AUGGAUAAACAUUCGCGUAAGUCAGUAAAAAGCACGUCUGAAAGUUAUUCAAAGAAACAUGUUCAUCAUAAUCAUAUAGAAGAUAAUCAAACUAGUAAAAGUAGCAGUGGUUCUUCAAGUAGUGACGAAAACAACAGCGAUGACGAUGAACAGCAAAACAACGAUACAGAAAGUUCCGAAGAGGAUGAAGAAGAAGAAGUAGGAGAAGAAGAGGAGUCUAUCGGUAGUGAAAGUUCCGAUGAUGACACCGAACAAGAAGAGGAUGCCAAAUCAGAAUGCGAGAAUGAAGUUGAUGAUAUGAAUGAAACCGAAAGCACUACAUCAAGUGAAAAUGAAGAUGACAAUAAAUUAAAUGACCAUUUUUUUCCUUGGUUUAUCAUUGUUAAUGGUAAUGAUACUUACCAGAACGAGCAUAAUGAGGAAGAUGCAAAUGAUUUUGAAAAACAUGUUAAGAAUUUAUUAGUUGAAGUAGCUCGUGUGAUGAAAGAUACAGCGAUUUCAUUUGGGCUAUUAUUUGUUGGCUCACAAACAAGUAUCGAUGAUCAAAAAUUAUUAGUCGACGAUUUGAAAAUUGUCAAAGAUAAUGGUAAAGAUAAUGAAAUAAUUAAACAAAUGACAAAAAUUUUAGCUGACAAAAUCAAAACCUUUAGAAUGAAAAAAUGA